AUGAACGCUGACCUCAAGCGAGUCCGCGAGAGCUCGCUCGAUGGUGGCCCAUCUUCUAGCAAGCGACGGGCGGUGGCCUCCAGCGCCGGUGGAUCCUCACCCGCGUCCUCCCACACAGCUCCCGAGCCCGAAGAUGAUGGCGUCGAGGACUGGAUGCGCGUCGUCGAGACGAAGCGCAAGGAGGCUAUCUACCGCCAGAUGCUUCAGUAUCGACGUGCUUACGAACGAGAACAGGCGCGCGCCGCCGCCCUCGAACGACAACAGCGUGCUUUCGAAGCCAGUCUGCAAGGGUACAAAACCUGCUGGGCUCAGCUUGUUUCUUCCAUACGUGAUCGAGCAGGACGGACAAGUGACCUCCCCGAGGCGCAAGUGAUGGACCUCGACCCUUCGUCCCCACAAUCAGAAUGGGAGGCUAUGCUAGAGAAGCAACUCUCGGCCACGAUGGGAUUGGUGUCAACGUUUGCCGAGUCUGCUUCCGGACGACCAAGCUCUUUACCAUCCUCGGAGCUCGAGAAGCGAGUAACCCAGCUGCAAUCAAAGACUGAUGCAUUGGAGACAGCAGCCUCCCGGCAACAGGCUGAGAUCAAUCGAUUGCGGGAAGCGCGCGAUGCCGUUCAGAGCGAACUGUUGCGAGCCGAGAAGCGUGUGGAUCGACAGCGUAUGGAGUUUGACAAGGAGCGGGAGAGCUUGCGGUCACAGCGGGAGUCAACAGCUGCCGCUGCCAAACCGAUAGCCAACGGUUCUGGACACUCGACGCCGAAUCCAGCAGCAGCCGAUCCCGAGAGCAAAGCUGGCAGUCCGCAAGUGGCGAGCUCAUCGGAGGAUGUGGCUGAUCGCGUGACGGAACUCGAGGGUUUACUUGCUGCGCGACAAAAGCAGCUCGAGGAGGCGCAGACGGAGAACGUCAAUCUGACGCAGGAGCUGGAUCGGAUCAAGGUUCUUGUCUAUCUGCAGCAGUUGGCCGCCAGCAUCAGCCGAGCAGAUGCCGCUCAGGAGCGAUUCGAGCAAUCUGAACGGAAACUGGACCAGCUGCGUGAUAGCAACUUGGAGUUCCGCGAGGCCGUCCUCGCAGAGUCACGACAAGAGGUGGAGACGCUCCGACAGCAAAUGUCGAAGAAGGACACCGAUCUUGCGCGUAUCCGCGGUGCUCGUGACGACUUGCAGGGUCAGUUGAACGAGCGCAUCGCCGGCGACAACGAGAAGGAGCGAACAACCAAGGGCCUCGAGGCGCUGUGCAAGACGCGAGAGGAGCGCAUUGUGUUCCUCGUGUCCGAGGUGCGACGACUCAAGGGAAAGCUCGCUGCGCAGGACGGUGCCGAGGGGUACCUCGCGUUCCUGAAAUCGGAUGGUGGCGUGGAUGGCGACUACAUCAAGAACCUGGAGGAACGACUAGCGACAGCCAGUGAUCAGGUCACAGCUCUCACCGCGCAGAUCGAGUCUCUGUCGGCUGGAGAGGCGGCCGCCGCAGCAGCUGAGACGGCGGUUCGCACCGAGCUCGAGUCAGCCAAGCGUCUGCUCCAGAAGUACCAGCGCGUGCUUGGGGAGAACCCGGAAGUUGCCGACGACGUCAAGCAGCUUGCCGCGCGCCUGGAGGAGGAGACGGAGGUCAAGCGCAAGCUCGAGCUCAAGGUCGCCGAGGCCGAGGAGUCGACAAACGCUCUCUACACCGAGGUGGAGGGUCUUUCCAAGCUCUGGGACGGCCUCGAGCAGACUCUGCGCAGCCAGGUCUUCGCCGUCAAAGACAACGAAGCGAUGAUCAAGGGUCUGCAGACGGAUAAGGCGAAGGCCGCCAACAAGUACUUCCAGGCGAUGCGUGCGAAGGAGGCGAUCGAGGCCGAGUGCAAGACCGCCCAGCGCAGCGUCGACAAGCAGAGCAAGCUCCUGGAGCGUGCGCAUGAGGUUGAGAAGGCUCUCAACAACCAACUUGUGAGUUUAGUAGGGUUGGCCGUAGCUGACAGUCAGGCUCAGCAGGAGCAGGGCAUGACGACGCUGAAGAAUGCGACUUUGGAGCUGCAGACGCAGCUGGCGACAAUCACCGCCGAGAAGGCGCAGCUGGAGCACCGCCUGCAGCACAGCCAGAGCGUGCUGAGCGAGACGCAGCAGCAGUCGAAGAGCCGUGACUCGCAGGCCGUCGCCGACCGCAACGCACGCACCAAGGCGCAGGAGGAGCUCGAGUCUGCGCAGAAGACGGUGAAGAAGCUGCGCGCGAAGCAGGACACGCUGUUGGCGGCAACGGCUUCUGGCAACGGCAACGUCGCUGCGCAGACGGCGAUCGCCGAGCGCGACAAGUGCAUGAAACUCCUCAAGUGCUCCUGCUGCGACCUCAACUUUAAGCAGCAGGUCAUUGUCAAGUGCAUGCACACGUUCUGCAAGGAGUAA